AAUAUUGUUGUUGUUUUUUUUGUUGCGCUGGUGGAACGACAGGCUGAGGUGAAAAGCCUGACUAUGUCUUUAUGUCAGUGACAUAGAGGUGUUACACUAAUAGGCAUCUAACGAUAAAGUAAACUGCAAGAAAGGUCAAAGGGGUUGGCAGAGUCCCAUUCGGUAGUGCAACUAACGGAAUAAAUGUUAGUUAGCCAUCCAGCUACAGUAACGUUGGCUAAUAAGCAGAACAUUAAGUAUCUAUCAGAAGUCUAAUAGCUUGUUAGCUACGGACCCAUCAACACCACCAUCGUUUCAAAUAUAUCGCCGUGUCUUAAUUUGAGUGCGAUGGGAAACGCCGCUACAGCUAAGAAAGGCAACGAACAAGAGAGCGUGAAAGAGUUCUUAGCUAAAGCCAAAGAAGAUUUUUUACGAAAAUGGGAGUGCCCACCACAGAGCACAACUGGACUGGAUGACUUUGACAGGCUGAAGACUCUGGGCACAGGCUCGUUCGGUAGAGUGAUGUUGGUGAAACAUAAAGGAACAGAACAGUUCUACGCCAUGAAGAUCCUGGACAAACAGAAAGUGGUGAAGCUGAAGCAGAUAGAACACACGCUAAACGAAAAGAGAAUACUGCAGGCGGUGUCCUUCCCCUUUCUCGUGAGACUAGAGUAUUCCUUCAAGGAUAACUCCAACCUCUACAUGGUGAUGGAGUACGUUCCAGGAGGAGAAAUGUUCUCGCAUCUGAGACGCAUCGGGAGGUUCAGUGAAAAUCACGCACGGUUUUAUGCAGCUCAGAUAGUACUCACUUUUGAGUACCUCCACUCGCUAGACCUUAUCUACAGAGACCUGAAGCCUGAAAACCUUCUCAUUGAUCACCAAGGGUACAUCCAGGUCACAGACUUUGGCUUUGCCAAAAGAGUAAAAGGCAGGACCUGGACAUUGUGUGGAACUCCUGAGUACCUGGCUCCAGAGAUCAUCCUCAGCAAGGGCUACAACAAAGCUGUGGACUGGUGGGCACUGGGAGUCCUGAUCUACGAGAUGGCUGCCGGGUACCCUCCGUUCUUCGCUGAUCAGCCAAUCCAGAUCUACGAGAAGAUUGUGUCUGGCAAGGUACGAUUCCCCUCCCAUUUCAGCUCAGACUUGAAAGACCUGCUGAGGAACCUGCUCCAGGUGGACCUGACCAAGCGCUACGGCAACCUGAAGAAUGGGGUGAAUGACAUCAAGAACCACAAGUGGUUUGCCACAACGGACUGGAUCGCAAUCUAUGAGAGGAAGGUGGAAGCUCCCUUCAUACCAAAGUGCAGAGGACCAGGAGACACAAGCAACUUUGACGACUACGAAGAGGAGGAUGUCCGUGUGUCCGACACAGAAAAGUGUGCGAAGGAGUUUUCCGAAUUCUAGCAAGGGGAGGCAGGCGGUUCCAUAAGGUCUCACAUGUAUUGGGAUUUUUGCAGUCUGUUGAGGGUGGAGCUGAGACAUGACGCAUUCAAAACAAUUGCCUAGUUCCUUCAUUCCACAAGGUUGAAUGAGGUCCUUCUUGCCAUGAUCCUCCUCGCGUGCAGUUAGCACUAAACGUAUACACAGGCACAUUAUGCAGACACCCCUCGUGCUGCGACACAAAACAAAAAUACUAGGUAGACCACGUUUUUUUGUCUUUUGUUUCCUGCUUUGUUUUUAAAACAUUUGUUGCUUUAAAGAAUCCCCCCCUCCUUCCCUCCAUUUUAAACCAAGUGAUUAUUUGCAAAGCAAGACAAAAACCAAUGAAAUGCCCAUUUUAUAGUGGCACAAAGAGUUGCUGUGUAGUAGGUGGUAUUACACAUUUUAGUGAUUUUUAAGUUUCUCCUAGUUCUUGCUAGUGACUCUUGCCAGUUCUUGUGUGUUAGGCCUACACGUCAGUGUUUGUUUUCGGUUUAAUUCAACUUUCUUGGCCCAGUCUAUAAUCCUCAACAUUUUGCUGUCCUUAAGAAGUAGACUGUGUCUUUCUGCAUAAUAUAAAGAUACAGUAUCUUUUUACAAAGAAAUGGAUGUCAGAAAAGGAAAAUACUCAAUACAAUACCACAGUCACAUGGGCAUGCAGUCCUUGAUGAGGGGUACAGUAGUAGCAAAGCAAACCUAAUUACUAAGCAAAAACCUGUGAUAUGUUUAAUUUAUCAUUUGUAGCAAUGUUUUACUUGUCAGGUCAUGGGGCAUUUUAUUUUUAUUUUUUUAACCUCCGAGAAGGUAUUGUAUUCAAAUUCAGAUGAAGUGAGAUGAUAUAUUUUAAGGUACAACAACCCCAAGAGGGGUAGGAAUCUUAUGGGCUUUAACUACACUGAACAAAAAUAUAAACAAAACCAUGCAACAAUUUCAAAGAUUUUACUAAGUUACAGUUCAUAUAAGGAAAUCAGUCAAUUGAAAUAAAUUCAUUGGGCUCUAAUCUAUUGAUUGCACAUGACUGGGAAUACAGAUAUGAUGCAUCUGUUGGUCACAGACACCUUAAAAAAAAAGUAGUGGUGUGGAUCCGAAAACCAGUCUGGUGUCUGGUGUGACCACCAUUUGCCUCAUGCAGUACAAUGGACGCAUCUCCUUCGCAUAGAGUUGAUCAGGCUGUUGCUUGUGGCCUGUGGAAUUUGUCCCACUCCUCUUCAAUGGCUGUGCAAAGUUGAUGGAUAUUGUCAGGAACUGGAACAUACUCUCGUACACAUUGAUCCACUGCAUCCCAAACAUGCUCAAUGAAUGACAUGUCUGAGUAUGCAGGCCAUGGAAGAACUGGGAUAUUUCAUGCUUCCAGGAAUUGUGUACAGAUCCUUGUGACGUGGGGUUGUGCAUUGUCAUGCUGAAACAUGAGGUGAUGGCGGCAGAUGAAUGGCACAAUAAUGGAUCGUCUCAUGAUAUCUCUGCAUUCAAUUUUCCAUCGAUAAAUAUAAUUGUGUUUGUUGAUCGUAGCUUAUGCCUUCCCAUACAUAACCCCACCGCCAGCAAACCACUUGCCCACACGACACCAUACACGCUGUCUGCCAUCUGCCCGGUAUAGUUGAAACCUGGAUUUAGCUGUGAAGAGUGCACUUCUCCAGCGUGCCAGUGGCCAUCUAAGGUGAGCAUUUGACCACUGAAGUCGGUUACGACGCCGAACUGCAGUCAGGUCAAAACCCUGGUGAGGACGACGAGCAUGCAGAUGAGCUUCUCUAGAACUGUUUCUGACAGUUUGUGCAGAAAUUAUUUGGGUGUGCAAACCCAGUUUCAUCAACUAUCAGGGUGGCUGGUCUCGGACAAUCCCGCAUGUGAAGAAGCCGGAUGUGGAGGUCCUGGGCUGGUGUGGUUAAACGUGGUCUGCGGGUGUGAGGCCGGUUGGACGCACUGCCAACUUCUAUAAAACGACGUUGGAGGCAGCUUAUGAUAGGGAAAUUAUUAUUCAAUUCUCUAGCAACAACUCUGAUGGACAUUCCUGAAGUCAGUAUGCCAAUUGCACUCUCCCUCAACUUGAGACAUCUGUGGCAUUGUGUUGUGUGACACGAGUGGCCUUUUAUUGUCCCCUGCACAAGGUGCACCUUUGUAAUGAUCAUGUUGUUUAAUCGGCUUCUUGAUAUGCCACACCUGUCAGGUGGAUGGAUUAUCUUGGCAAAGCAGAAACGCUCACUAAAAGGGAUGUAAACAAAUUUCUGCACAAAAUUUGAAAUACACUUUUUGUGCGAAUGUAAAUCUUCUGGGAACUUUUUUAUUUCCGCACAUGAAAAAUGUGACAAACACUUUACAUGUUGCGUUUUAUCUUUUUGUUCAGUAUAGAAUUACUGUAUACCAUGGGUUCUCAAAGUGGGGGGAACUGCAGGGGGCCCGUAACCAACAGUUUGUAGACACCUCAUUCAAGGAUUUUUCUUUAUAAUUACUAUUUUCUACAUCGUAGAAUAACAGUGAAGACAUCACCUAUGGAAUCAUGUACAGUAGUAGCCCAAAAAAGUGUUAAACAAGUAUAUUUUAUAUUUGAGGUUCUUCAAAGUAGCCACCCUUUGCUUUGAUGACAGCUUUGCACACUUGGCAUUCUCUCAACCAGCUUUUUUGUUUUUCCAACAAUUUUGAAGGAGUUCCCAUAUAUGCUGGGCUGCUUUUCCUUCACUCUGCAGUCCAACUCAUCCCAAACCAUCUCAAUUGUUUUGAUGGCAGGUGAUUGUGGAGGCCAGGUCAUCUGAUGCUGCACUCCAUCACUCUCCUUCUUGGUCAAAUAGCCCUUACACAACCUGUAGGCGUGUUGGGUCAUUGUCCUGUUGAAAAACAAAUGAUAGUCCCACUAAGGGCAAAUCAGAUGGGAUGGCUUAUCACUGCAGAAUGCUGUGGUAGCUAUGCUGGUUAAUUUUGCCUUGAAUUAUAAAUAAAACCGUGUCGUCAGCAAAGCACCAUCACACCUCCUCCAUGCUUCACGGAGGGAACCACACAUGCGUCGAUCAUCCAUUCAACAUCUCUGUGUCUCACAAGAAUUUUAACAUUUUUUCCACCGGUCUAAUGUUCAUUGCUUGUGAUUCUUGGCUCAAGCAAGUCUCUUCUUCCUAUUGGUAUCCUUUAGUAGUGGUUUCUUUGCAGCAAUUCGACCAUGAAGGCCUGAUUUCAUGCAGUCUCCUUUGAACAGUUGAUGUUGAUGUGUUUGCAGCCCAAAUAAAUGCUUCACAAUUCAACAAUCUGAGGUGCAGUUAACUCUAAUGAACUGGGUCUUCCUUUCCUGUGGCGGUCCUCAUGAGCCAAUUUAAUCAUAGCACUUGAUAAAACUCUGUUUUUGAAAUGUUCCGCAUUGACUUACUUUCAUGUCUUACAGUAAUGGACUGUUGUUUCUCUUUGCUUAUUUGAGCUGUUCUUGGACUUGGUCUUUUACCAAAUAUGGCUAUCUUAUGUAUACCACCACUACCUUAUCACAACACAACUGAUAGGAUCAAACACAUUAAGAAGGAAGGAAAUUCCACAAAUGAACUUUUAACAAGGCACACCUGUUAAUGGAAAUCCAUUCCAGCUGACGACCUCAUGAAGCUGGUGGAGAAAAUGGCUAGAUUGUACAAAGCUGUCAAGGCAAAGGGUGACUACUUUGAAUAAUCUCAAAUAUAAAAUAUAUAUUUGAUUGAACAUUUCUUGGUCACAUGAUUCCAUGUGUGUUAUUUUAUAGUUUUUGAUGUCUUUACUAUUAUAUUACAAUGUAGAAAAUAGUAAAAAUAAGAGCCUGGAAUUAGUGUGUCCAAACUUUUGACUGGUAGUGUGUGGAUAUAUAGAUAUACAUUCACACACAGUGCAUUUGGAAAGUAUUCUAACCCCUUGACUUUUUCCACAUUUUGUUACAUUACAGCCUUAUUCUAAAAUGUAUUCAAUUGUUUUUCCCUCUUCAAUCUACACACAGUACCCCAUAAUGACAAAGCAAAAAACAGGUUGACAUUUGUGGAAAUUUACAGAAUUUCACAUUUACAGAAUUAUUCCGACCCUUUACUCAGUACUUUGUUGAAUCACCUUUGGCAGCAAUUAAAUCCUUGAGUCGUCUUUGGUGUGACGCCACAAGCUUGGGACACCUGUAUUUGGGGAGGGGUAGUGUUGCUGCACAGCUGCUUUCAAGUCUCCAGAGAACAGAGAAGUUCGAUCUGUUUCAAAUCCAGGCUCAGCCUGGGCCACUCAAGGACAUUCAGAAGCUUGUCCCAAAGCCACUCCUGUGUUGUCCUGGCUGUGUGCUUAGGGUCGUAGUCCUGUUGGAAGGUGAACCUUCGCCCUAGUCUGAGGUCCUGAGUGCUCUGGAGCUAGUUUUCUUCAAGGAUCAAUGUACUUUGUUCCUUUCAUUUUUCCCUCGAUCCUGACUAGUCUCUUCAGUCCCUGCCGCUGAAAAACAUCCCCACAGUAUGAUGCUGCCAUCUCUGUGCUUCACCGUAGGAAUGGUGUCAGGUUUCCUCCAGACGUGAUGCUUGGCAUUCAGGCCAAGGAGUUCCAUCUUGGUUUCAUCAGACCAGAGAAUCUUGUUUCUCAUGGUCUGAAUCCUUUAGGUGGAUUUUGGCAAACUCCAAGCUGGCUGUCGUGAGGAGUGGCUUCCGUCUGGCCACUCUACCAUAAAGGACAGAUUGGUUUAGUGGUGCAGAAAUGGUUGCCCUUCUGGAAGGUUCUCCCAUCCCCACAGAGGAUCUCUGGAGCUCAGAGUGACCUUUGGGAUCUUGGUCACCUCCCUGACCAAGGCCCUUCUCCCCCGAUUGCUCAGUUUGGCCUGGCUGCCAGCUCUAGGGAAAUUCUUGGUGGUUCCAAACUUCUAUUUAAGAAUUAUGGAGGCCACUGUGUUCUUGGGGACCUUCCCCAGAUCUGUGCCUCGACACAAUCCCGUCUCUGAGCUCUACGGACAAUUCCUCCGACUUCAUGGCUUGGUUUUUGCUCUAACAUGCACUGUCAACUAUGAGACCUUCUAUAAACAGGUGUGUACCUUUCCAAAUCAUGUCCAAUCAGUUGAAUUUACCACAGGUGAACUCUAAUCAAGUUGUAGAAACAUCUGAAGGAUGAUCAAUGGAAACAGGAUGCACCUGUGCUCAAUUUCGUGUCUCAUAGCAAAGGGUCUGAAUACUUACUUAUGUUAAUACAUUUGCUAAAAUUUCUUAAGCUGUUUUUACUUUAAUUAUGGGGUAUUGUGUGUAGAUUUAUAAUAAAAAAAACAUUAUUUAAUACAUUUUAGAAUAAGGCUGUAACGUAACAAAAUGUGGGAAAAGUAUAAAAAGUGAAGUGAAUAUUUUCCGAAUGCACUGUACACACUACAUAUCUGAAAGUAUGUGUACACCCCAAAUUAGAGCCACACAGUUGCUGACAGGUGUUUUAAAAUCGAGCAAACAGCCAUACAAUCUUCAUAGACAAACAUUGGCAGUCAAAUUGCCCGUACUGAAGUGCUCAGUGACUUUUUAAUAUUGCACUGUCGUAGGAUGCCACCUUUCCAAAAAGUCAGUUUGUAAAAUGUCUGCAUUGCUGGAGUCCCGGUCAACUGUAAGUGCUUUGAAGUGGAAAUGUCUAGGAGCAACAAUGGCUCAUCCUCUGAAGUGGUAGGCCACACAAGCUCACAGAACGGGACCACCGAGUGCUGAAGCGUGUAAAAACGGUCUGUUCUCGGUUGCAACACUCACUACCUGGGUUUGGCAGAUGCCAGGAGAACACUACCUGCCUGCAUAGUGCCAACUGUAAAGUUUGGUGGAAGAGCAAUAAUGGUCUGGGGCUGUUUUUCAUGGUUCUGGCUAGACCCCUUAUUUCCAGUAGAGCGAAACGCUUAAUGCUACAGCAUCAAUGACAUUCUAGACGAUUCUGUUUGGGGAAGGCCCUUUCCUGUUUCUGCACGACAAUAUCCCUGUGCACAAAGCAAGAGCUGUACAGAAAUGGGUUGUCGAGAUCAGUGUGGAAGAACUUGACUGGCCUGCACAGAGCCCUGACCUCCAUUGAACACCUUUGAGAUUAAUUGGAAUGCUGACUGUGAGCCAGGCCUAAUCGCCCAACAUCAGUUCCUUACCGUAUUAAUGCUCUUGUGGCUGCAUGGAAGCAAGUCUCCGCAGCAAUGUUCCAACAUUUAGUGGAAAGCCUUCCGCGAAGAGUGAAGGCUGGUGUAGCUUUAAAACUGCAACAUUUUCUCUCUGCCUCAUGGUAAAAUGUGUAGAAUUGCAGAAUAUUAGAUUUAAAGCUGUGGCAAAAUGUGUGGAAUGGCAAAAAAUUAGCCUAAACUGAUCAUUUUAUUUCCAAUUGCAAGAGGCGGACCUUUUUAAAUGUUAGUUCCCCGGGCUGAGACGGUUCGUCCACUGCAGACGUCAUUGAGCACGGUUACAUGCACACAAUCAGAUUAUUGUGAAUAGUGAGGUUAAUAUAAUAGUUUGUUUAUAACAUUUACGUACUUUGCAAGAACGAUUUUGCUGUUUACAUGGACACAUCUGGACUUUGGAUAAAUGCUGAAAAUCGCCAUUCACAAACGUUCUACCACACUGACCAUGUUAUUUUUGCAAAGACAAUUUGAUUCUGAGUACAGAUAUGUGUAUGGUAAAUUUGAAUGUGAACUUUAAGAUGCAUACUUUCAGUUUAUCCGAACUCACUUCACACGUGCAUAACAGGGAAGCUUACGCUACCCAGUACUUGCUCAUGCCAGAUUAAAUACACCUCUGAAACAUCAAUUAAGAUGUUUAAAUGUCCUAAUUAUUUGAAAGAUUUCUCUGAAAACCAGGUGUUUUAUUCUGCGUGUGCUGACUUAGAUUAUGACCUUACACAGAUAAGCAGAGUAGUGUUUAUUUACAAGACUAAUGCCAUACUCGGCCUUCUGUCAUAAGCAGUUUAAAUUCAAAUUAUUAGUGUGCAUGUAAAGAUACUCCAAGUAAAACUCAUUUUAGGCCAUUUUUAUCGCACUCAAGUUGUUCUGAUUUAUGAGGUUGAUAUAAUUUGCUGUCACAAAACGGGUCCCUGGACCCAAAAAGCUUGAGAAUCCCUGCUCUAUACAAUAGGUUGUCUUUUUGGUAGCACAUCCAAAAACUGCAGAAGCUUAUAGUUGUUUUGAAUUAAAGGAAAAAAUAUAUUUUGGUAUUUGUUUCAUUAGUCCGUUAAUACAGUCCCAAAAUGUUUUCCAUGUCAGCAGAAAUAAAGCCGGUAUGAUGCAAAAUGCAGCAGUAUUUCUGUAUUUUGAAAGUGACUUGUUUUGAAAACUUCAUUGCUGACAUGCAAAACAUUUUGGGACGAUAUUAACAAUGGAAUUUUCCUUUUAAUACAUGUUUUCCUUUAACUGUUCAAAUGUAAAUGGUUUAGUUGCUUUAAUUUUGUCAGAUGUUACAUAGCUGUGUCUGUAAAGCAGUGUUGGUUACAUGGGCAGGUUCAGUCUCACCUUUUUGUUUUGAAAUUAUCAUUUAGCAAAGCACUCAGAAGACUUUGUAACUGCCAUUUCUAUUAUUAUUUUUUACUCCUGCAUGUCUGUUUCCAUUUGUUACCUCCCUCCAAACAACAGUGUACUGUAGCGACUCCCUUGAAUGGGUAUUGAAGAUGUUGUAUUCUCACAAACUAAAACAUGAUUUCACAUGCAAUUGUUUUUCUUGAGUUUCAGCUCCUUUCAUAUGGCAUUUUGUUCAGAUCAUUUCAGAGGAACAAUUGCUUUUUUUUUUUAUAUAUAUACUUAUUAGAGAUACAUUUAUUAGAUAUAUUUUUAUGUUUAAACUUGCAUAGGUCCCAGUAUGUUUGAUUUUUUUUUUAAUAUAUAUAUGGGUAAAUAAUAUUUCAUGAAAUAGGCUACUUUGCAAUCUUAUGCCUUGUUAACAUCCUGGGUAUUAAGCAUGUGUCAAUCCAAUCUCUAUGAAUGUGUUAAUUCAUUUUCCAAAACUGUAUGGUAAAUUUACAGCAACUUGUGAGUUUGAAUGAUGUGUGUAAUGUUUGUUGCAAAGUUACUUGUAAAAUUAAGGCACUAUUUCCUGAGCUACCUGACACUCCUUGCAGAUGAAAAUGGUUUCAAUGUAUAACUAAUUUAUAGUCACAAGCAUACCAGUGUAGGCCAUAAUAUGAAAAAUCGCUGUAUUUAGUUUUUGGGAUAUGUUGCACAAUGUCAUUUAGAAGGCCACUUUUUCCCACCCAUAUUUACUUGUUUGCUAGAGAAGUAUAACAUAAUUUGCUGUAACAGAUUUUAUGGAACAAAAGAUGUCACUGUAAUACAUUUAUUUCUUAAAAUAUUAUAUUUUGUAUAUAAUUUGACUGAAGAGAUGCUGUAUGCAAUAAAUGCUGCAGUGACAUUCAUGGACAAUAAGGUUUUAAUAAAGGCUAGAUGUCA